AUGGCGGCGGCGCUGCUGCCCUGGCGGCGGGGCAAGUGGGUGCUGGUGGGGCCGGAGGAGCGGAAGCGGCCGGGGAAGGGCUGGGCGCCGCGGCUGAGCUGCGCCUCGCUGCUGGCCUCGCUGCUGGGCUGGUGGCCGGAGCUGUGGGCGGCGGGGGCGCUGGGCGGGCUCUUCCGCGGCCGGCGCCGGACGGCGCAGCUGAACGCCGAGGAGCCCACCUUCCGCGUCUGCUACCUGGGCAACGCGGCCACCCUGCAGGCCAAGGGCGAGGGCUGCGCCGAGGCGGCGGUGGAGAAGCUCUGGGCGCGCAGCCAGGCCGGCCAGCGCGGCGCCCGCAUGCAGCUCAGCCUGGGCCCGCAGGGGCUCCACCUGCGCCCGGCCAGCGCCGCCAAGGAAAGCCGCCGGCCCGGCCACGCCUACCUGCUGCACCGCAUCACCUUCUGCGGGGCCGACCGGCGCCACCCGCGCGUCCUGGCCUGGGUCUACCGGCACCAGGUGAAGAACAAGGCGGUGGCGCUGCGCUGCCACGCCGUGCUGCUCUCCCGGGCCGAGAAGGCGCAGGCGGCCGCCCGGCUCCUCUUCCAGACCUCGGCCGCCGCCUUCAACGAGUUCAAGCGGCUGCAGCGGCGGAGCGACUCGCGGCGGCUCCAGCGGCAGCUGCUGGGGGAGGCGGUGGUCCCGCUGGCGCCCCUCCGCCGGCUGCUCAACGCCAAGUGCCCCUACCGGCCGCCCCCGGAGCGAGGCCGCAACGCCCCCCGGCUCAGCUCCAUCCAGGAGGAGGAGGAAGAGGAGGAAGGGGAGAAGGAGAAGAGGAAGAACGAGCGGCCCGCCUUCUGCACGCCCACCCGGGCCACCCAUGACUGGCUGGCCACCCGCACCACCGUCCUCUGUGCCAUCGGCAGCCUCGGCCCGGCCAGCCCGGCCGGCCACCCCUGCGGCCCCCUUCUUCCCGACGCCAAGACGACCAGGGGCCUGGAGCGGCCGGAGAUUCAGACUUUGGUGCGGGAAUUCCAGUUCUGCAGCUUGCGAGGUGCGCUGCCGGUGGGGGAGGCGGCCUCCUGGACACCUAGCCGGCAGCUCCCUUGCCUCUCCCGCUAG